AUGGAUUCCACUGCAAGGCUGCGUUUCAAAAACCGAGAAACAACUCUCGAUACGGAGCGCCAAUGUAAAGAUUUAGCUGACGCCGGGGAGGAGAUUGCUGGACCUUCAGUUUCUCGGCAAGGUCCGAGGGAGUCAUACACCGGGCAUGGCAGUCUACUCGUCAGUAGUGCUGAGGUUGAUUUUGAACACUCGCAACAAGAAAAGGUUUCUCAUAAUUUCGAUCCAACGCACAAAGAAAUAGAUAUAUACCCUGUUAAAAAGUGUAAUGUUUCGCCCAAAUCAGGUAUACCUGUAACGACAGCUCUGGCCAAAAGUCAACGAAAAAGCACGACUUCCGGGACUGCAAUAAAAAGUCAGUGCUCCACGUCACCACAUGAGGUAUCUGGUGGAUUGCGUAGGCAUCUUUCCUGCAGCGCAGCAGCACAAUCCGAACUAGGCAUGCCUUUUCAGACGACUAGCAAAAUAAGUACUUACAAUAAGAGGCUCUCAGAAGCUGCUUCAUUACUAGACCAUGAGCUAGAUAGAACCAAUUCAAAAGAAAACUUGAAGGAUACUUUUGGCCAACCAAUAGAAUUGGCUAUUCCAUCACCUGGCCAACCUUGCGAAUUCCUCUGGUCUGAAAAUGAUGUAACUACUUGUGCCAAAAACUCAAAUAAUAGCGUCCAAAUGCUGAGUGGUGUCAAUCAAAAUCUCUGGCCUCCAUCUCAUUUGAAUAGGUCUCAGAUAUCUGGGUCUGUCUCGCCGCUUGAUUUUGCUUCGGGCUUAAAUCAAAACGUUCACACGACACCUGUACCACUAAUCUGUCCACUGACCAGUAGCAUGAGUUGCAGUGGAAGCGGUUAUGAUCUACCCACUACACUAAUCGGUCGUCCAAGCUAUGGCUUUGAUCAACCAGUCUCUUCUGCCUUCCGACUGAAAGAGGCCCGACGCUCAAGCCACUCUUUAGACCUCGCAACAGCAGCACAUUGCAAUGAAUUUCUUCCCUCCUUGUCGCAGCAACAAUUGCCCUCUUUGAAGCAGAAUACGCAAGGUCAGGCCAAAUCAGGAGCAUCAUCAUUUGGUCCUGCAAGCCAGUUGGCACUGCCAAUAUACCAUCCACUCUAUUAUCAUCCAAUUAACGCCUACCACCGUCUUAGUCCGACCCAUCAUCAUUACCACCACAAACACAUACUGGAAUUGUACAAUGAUCCGCUAGAAGCAGAAUUUGCCAAAGCAACAGCGGCUGCUGUACUUGCAGCCAGUGAAUCAAGGCCAAGACAAACCAUUACUGAGGUCCCAAUAGAGCUAUACGCUCAUGCCCAGAGAUCGCGGUAUCCAAUAGCGGGGAGUAAAAGCAGCGGUGUUAUGGGGUCUAGAUCCCGACAAACUCGUGAAAAGCAAAUGCACAGCUCAGAUCAAACACUAACUGUUGGAGCGGCUGCGGCAAAUGCUGAAGUCUUAGCAGUUGGCCCUCAGCUCUGCGGCAUUGAUCAACGCGCUCGAACAUUAGCCUGCAACAUUUACUCUACUCCGGUUGCCUUGAGUACCACAACAAAUGUUCUCAGCACUUCCGGUGUCAUAAGUGGAAUUGGAUGCAGCAAAGGGAUUGAGGCCAAUCCUCGAUCAAGUAGUCCGGUAGCCUAUUUUUCUCAGGAUGUCAAAAAGCCAAGCAACGGCCGUCAAAUAGGCAAGACAGGGGAGUCUUACUCUAUAGUUGGUCCAACAUUAUCUACUAGUUUAGUCGAGGUUUCAUCCUGUAGGAGCAACUAUCCACAACAUUUACUACUGAAGCGUGAAACCAGCAUACAGGCUGGUGGAUAUAUGCCCCUCCGAGCCAGCUCAUUUAGCGGCACCAUUGAUCAUGAUCAAUUCUUUGUCCCGGAAGAUCUUCCUCCGAACGAGUUGACCAGAGAAUACAGCCAACCACUGCAGGAAUUUGACAGACGCAGCACCAGAUCGCUUCAUUUAGUUGGAAUGGGAGGAGGACAAUCUCAAAUAGCUUCCAGUGGUGCAGCGACAUUUCCAAAUGUGACAGUGCCUCAGGUGCAGCAACUUCCAGGCACAUCGACUGUUGUCUCAACAACCACGCAGACUUCGUCUAGCUGGAAUAAGUAUUCUCGGCAUCAGCACUGCUUUGAGACACAAUCCAACAUCGGCACAAUCGUUAUGGCAUGCACGAGUUCGCAACAACCAUCAAUAAUUACAGGAAGUACCGGGACUCGUAAACAAGUUGGUGGACGUCUCCUAGCCAGAGCUGCCUCUUGGCGACAGUCGCACUCAUUCCAAAAACUUGCGGUAUCAUUGAACUUUCGCGGUUGCGAAUCCAGUUCAACAGGCGAGUUCAGCUCGCCAGCAAUAUCGGUUGGCUCACGUAAAAUACCGGAAAUACCUACAGAUCUAAGUUCUACUCGUACAUCAUGUAGUCUAGCUGAAAUGAAUACAUGGGCGCUUCUAGGUUCAGGCCGUAAAGCUGAGCUGGGAUGGAACAUGCGUAGGCGUAAAGGCAAUUUUCGAACGUUGGCACAAACCAACAAGACUGCGGCAGGUGGUGAG